GGCAGGUCACAACAUCGACGGUCAACAAUGCCCAGACAAGCAGCAGCUGCAGUGUUCCCUCCAUCAUCCGCUGGGUUCCAAGCGUGGGAGACACGGCAGAACUUCACUGGUGUUUCCUGGAAAUCGGUCGUCGAUUAGCGGAAUUUGUUGCAACUCUAAAGGUAUGUGGUUCACACUUGCUCUGGCCUUGACCUUGCAAGCAAUGGGACUUUCUGCAGACAGUACUGUGUGUAGUGACGCCAUCAAUACAACAGCUGCCCUUCAGUUCAGUGACAGUGACCCAGACCUUCACCCCUUUCGUAAACCUGGUCGUUACUUGGAAAUUGAUUGCUGUGGAGAUGGAUUCACGGACAUUGAGUGGUACUUUACCAGCAACAUGAGCAGCAAUUGGCGACCUUGGCCUUGGUUCUCCUGCCAGCACUGUUCAGAAGACUACCAUCAACUGCGUCGAAAGAACCAGACAUUGAUCAUAUUUCGCACAGGAACCUUUGAUACAGGAUGGUACUUGUGCAAUGUGUCGAACUCAGACACGCUACAGUACAUACAGAGGAGGGUCCAUCUUGUAGUUGCAGACUGUGAUGACCUUGACGGCAACAUCCGUGUGUUCGAGCAGCCUGGUCUCAUUCAGAAUGCAGCUCUAGACAGUAAUUUGACCUUGACCUGUGGUGGAAACUUCGGAUGUCCAGCAGGUGACAUGGAUCGCCAUGCCAACUGGUCCUAUGUGUCUCCACAUGGCAAGGUCCAUCCCCUUCUGCCUGAUGUCGAUGAUCAUUACAGUAUUGUCUUCAGUCAUGGAGUUAAAGAUACAACAGUUAGCUCUAUGCUGACAGUGAAUAGAGUGAGAAGUUCGGACUUCAGUAACACUUAUAUCUGUGAUCUGUCAACAAACAAGAAUGUAUUGACAUGGAACCUUACAAUACAACAACAAGCUGUCCAGGAGAAGCUGAACCUGAUGGAAAUAGCAAUCCCUGUUGGUGUUGUCGGGGGAUUUGUUGUUCUACUGGGGCUAUUAGUGGUUCUGUACUGGUGCUAUAAGCCUCAGGUUGACUUCAGAUAUAACCGAAUGCGAGGCAAUCUUCCCGUCAGAGGGCCGAAUGAGGAGCAUUAUCACGACACUGCUGUAGUACACAGUGAUUCUGAAAAGAUUGCUGACUUUGUGGAGGAGGAAAUUCGAAAGCCUCUACAGGAUGAUGGCUAUGAUGUGUUCACUAAAGCAUGCACUCAGGAGGGCGCAGGUGAGAUGGAGCAAGUUGAUGCAAUCGGAUACAGUAUGGGUGUCAUUUUGGUCCUGAAUGCAGCUGAGGUGACAAGCAGCGAAAUGCAGUAUCUCAUGGCCACUGCAAUAGAGUGCCAUGGCACACGAAUGGUGGUAAUUGACAUGAAGGAAAAAGAAUCCACUCAUACCUGGAAGGACAAGGUUGAUGAAAGCUUUCUCAAUGCAUUGCCCAAAAUUCUGAAAACAGUCACGUGGCACGGAUCAAAGACCAUGAGCAGACGACAGAAGGACAAUUUGUUGUACACCAUCAAAUCCCAUCUCCCAGAACCAGGUGGAAAACGCCUGCAAGAUGAGUGCACGACGAGUGACUUCAGCCAGAGACAGCUUAGUAAUUCCAGCACUGCACCACUUAUACCAGGAGGUGAUCAAUCUGUUUCUUUACUGUCUCAAACUAAAAUUGAAAUGGAAGAGUCAAAGUCGGAACAUCCAGACUUUGAGGGCGGUGAAGUUGAUGAUGAUGUGUUCAGUAAUGAUAUGCCAUCUGGAGGCAUUCCAAAGAAUAGGCCGCCAUUGCAUCGUUCUGAUCGCGUCUCAAGCAAUAGUCAGUUUGUGAAACAAUUAUCAGAUGACAGUGGCUAUGCAAAGUCUCCUUGUGUUGGCUCAGAUGAAUGCACCAGAGUUGCUUUCAAAGAUACAUCCCAAAACGUCUCGGCUAAGGAGUCCCCUAGGGUCAUACAUGCAGUUGAUGGCUAAUUUGAACAUCAUCAUAAGACAAAACUUUCUAAGACAUAUUCCCCUUCUCCACAUAAGUCCAUUGUAUUUUUCAUGCAAUUGUUCAUAACAUACAAUGGAUAAAACAGGGUUUUAAUUCGACUCACAAACAGGGGGGUUCUGAGGACCCCCAAUUAUUAAUUUCAAGGGUCCUUGUCGGUGUUCAUACAAACGAGUGGCGUCAGUACACAACACAAGGCUCCUGUGAAGUAAUGAUGUAGAGAACUCUAUGGUUUGAUAAUUUCUUUAGAGCAUGUAAUGAAUCAUUGAUUUUAUGGACUGAUGAAGGAAAUAAUGCAUGUAUAGUCUGUUUUGCUCAAAAACGGACCGAUGAAUUGCAAUCUAACUCGAAAACUACUAAACAUAUAGUACUAUAUAACACUGAUCAUAAUCAAAACGUCA